UGGGUGAGUCCGGCCGCGCGGGGGAUCCCGUCCGUCCCUCGGCUCCUCCGCCAGCAGUGCCAGGUGUCUGCUGCAUGCUCUGCAUAUCGCCGGUAACACUCGACCGGCAACGGAACCAGUCAAACUGCGUAGCUGAUUCGAGACGUGCACUGAAUUAAUCUUGCGUCCAGGACAUCGUUGGUUUGCAAGGGUCUACACAACUAAACACUGCAACCUCUGCCAGCAGCAUCAACCAUGCGCGCGUUGCGGCUCCUCUUAGCCCUCGCGAGCACACAUGCCUGGAAACGUCACACGAGCGCCGCCGCGAUCCAUAGACGAAAGCGGCGUUUCGUCCGCGGCGGCGCGUGGGGCUUCGGCAAAAACAAGGACAGCGCGGCCGAGGCGGACAACGCCACGACCACAAGUGAAGGCGGCAUGUCCCAGUCCCAGAUCGACGAGGCCUUGUCCGUGGUGCCCGUCUUUUGUCUGGCGGACCCGGAAGGCCGGCCGGUGCUCAUGACGGCCCCCGAGGACAAGGACGACGCCACCAAAAAACCUUUGCAAGCUUUUUUUACGGAUGUUAAUGUCGCCCAGGCCCACGCGGCUCGAAUUAAAGAGUUGAGUGGUGAUGAUAAAUUAGACCUGAAACUAGCCGUCGUCGAGCUCGGCCGCGUCCUCAGCGCGGGCGAACCGGAAGACCGGAAGGUGUCGCUCAUGGCCGAUCCUAGGGAGUUGCAUGUGGCGCGGCAGUUGGUCCUCAAAGGUGCGGGGUUCCGGGACACGAACUCGACGGGGACGUCCGACAAAGUCGUAGACUUCUCGUCGGAAGCGUCGGUGAAGAAGGAGUGCAAGGCGCACUGCCCCGACGGCGUCGACCUGGAUCAAGGCGUGCCGCUCUUCACGCUGAAAGAUUUGAAUGCCACCGUCCAGGGCGACGACGUCAUCCAACCGUGGUUUCUAUCGUUCGCGGAUUUGGUACGGGCCUACGUGAACUCGACCGGAUCUUCCGACGAAGAGGAGGCGGCGUCGGGCUUGGAGCGGCUGCUCAUGGAGGGCGGCGUCGUCGUCGGCACGCUCGAUUCCGUAUUAGCUGCGGCGCGGGGCGGCCACACGCGGCGCGCCUUCAUGAUCCCGCCGGCGUCGUCGUUGGCGGUCAUGCGCCAGCAGCAGCAGGCGCCGGCGGCGGCGCCCAAGGCCGCGCCGAGCGCGGACGACGCGCUCGCCGCGAUGGCGGCCGACGCGGGCGCCAGCGACGGCGGCGGCGGCGGGCUGUUCGACUGACCCCCUGUUUCUCUCGGAGUAACUUUGUUUCGCCC